UCGUGUCCCGCCUCGUCCCAGAGCACGGGACACGGGAUCGCACAGACACUGCUGGGACGGGACCGGCGAGCUCCGCUCCACACCCUCUCUGCGCAGUGUGUUCAAUGCUUUCUAAAAAGGUUCUUUGUCAUAGAAUCACAGAAUCCCCUCAGCUGGAAGGGACCUACAGGAUCGCCCAGUCGCAGCCCUGCCUGCACACACACCCCAACAAUCCCACCCUGGGCAUCCCUGGCAGCGCUGUCCAAACACUCCAGGAGCUCUGGCAGAGCCUGUUCAGUGCUCCACGACCCUCUGGGGGAAGCCCCUUUCCCUCUUCUCCAGCCUGACACAGCUCCAUGUUCAGAUCGAAAUUCCAGGGCAUCAUUUUCUGCCCCUUGUCUCACGUCACAUUGCUGAGCACCACCAAGCAGAGCCUGAUCCAGGCUCUGAGUCCCUUUUUGGACGUUUGUACACACGGAUGAAUGUGUGUGCAACAUCAUCCUGUCACCCAUCUCUUCCCGAGGCUGAGCAGACCCAACUAACUCCCUGAGCCUUCCCUCAUGAGGAGGGUGCUCCAGCCCCCAGUCAUUCCGGUAGCCUGCACUGGACCCACUCCAGGGGCUCCACAUCUCUCUCGAGGAGCCCAGGAGAUUUGGGGUCCAGUUAGGAGCAGACACCAUGAGGGUGAGGUGUCAGAUGGCACAGGAGAGCGAGAAAAGUGAUGGGAACGUGAGGAUGAGGUGAUUUUUAAAAAGGAGCAGCAGAAGGGAAGAAAAGGAGUGGUAAAAGAUAAGUAAGAGAAGGAAGGAAAGUACUAAUUUAAGAUUAUUGGCGCUUGUGUGCCAGAAAGAAGGAAAGGUGCCACUGCCUUGGCAGGGGAUUGGACUAAAUGGUCCAGAGAGGACUCUUCCAGCCCUGACUAUUCUGGGAUUCUCUGGUUCCGUGAAAAAACCACAAAUCCAGCCAGCGUGCAGAGCACUCCAUGUCUGCCUGUACCUCGGCUUCCAAAGCUCCUCAACCCCCCUCGCCAGCUCCUACAAGUGACUCGUGAGCGCUCUGAGAAGCAUGCUGGGGUGUCCUGCGUGACAGCGUCCAUGGAUGACAUUCAGUUCCAAGAGGCUGCCAGGGUUGGACAAAUUAUUGCCAUCACAACAAAGGUGAACAGAGCAUUCAAAACCAGCAUGGAGGUUGGCAUCAAGGUGACAGUACAGGAUGUUUUGACCAAUGCUGAAAAGAUUGUGAGUGUGGCAUAUGCAACAUAUGUGGCCAAACCAGUUGGUGAUGGAAAGGUUGAGUUAAAACCUGUACAGCUUCUGUCUGCAGAAGACCACCUGGAGCACAGCCUGGCUAUUGAGAGGAGAAGAAUCCGCCUGGGCUAUGUCCAGGUGUUUCAGAAGCUGAUGCAGGAGAGCAAUAAGGAAGAUACUUGUGAAGAGAAAGAUGCAGUUUCAACUGAGCAUACCCACGUGCAGAGCACUGAGCUUGUCCUGCCUCCUCAUGCAAACCAUCAUGGAAACACUUUUGGUGGCCAAAUCAUGGCUUGGAUGCAGACAGUGGCAAGCAUUUCAGCAAGCCGCCUGUGUCGUUCACACCCCAUCCUGAAGGCAGUUAACAUGUUCAAAUUCUGGGGGCCGUCCUUUGUGGGUGACCGCCUGGUCUUCAAUGCCAUUGUCAACAACACUUUCCACAACAGUGUGGAGGUUGGUGUCCGUGUGGAGGCUUACAACUGUGAGGAGUGGAUCCAGGACCAGCCGCGGCACAUUAACAGUGCAUUCCUCAUUUUCAAUGCUCUGAAUGACAAAGGGGAGCUGCUCACCUUCCCCAAGGUCAAGCCCACUACUCAGGAUGGUGUGAGGAGGUACCACGGGGCUAUUGCCAGGAGGAGGAUUCGACUCACCAGAAAAUGCAUGCUAUCUGCUAAAGGAGACAAGCCCUCUGAUGCCUGGGAGACAAGCAACCAGGCAUAUUUGAGUUACAGCAACAUUGCUGCACUGACACACCUGGCAGGAAAACCGGGGUGGGACAUAACCAAGACUCUGGAUAACGUGAAAAUCUGGACCCACGAGGAGGGUGCUGUGCUGUCAUUCAAGGUGGAGAUGCAGGUGAAGGUGCCAUCCCAUGUGGCCUUCUCCCUCUUGUCCGACUUCAGCCUCCGCCAGCGCUGGGACAGACACUUCCUGACGUGCAAGGUCCUGCAGGCUGUGAGUGAAGAGGAGAAGAUCUACCACGUUACCUCUGCCCCCACGGCAGGCCACCAGCCCAGAGACUUUGUGAUUCUGGUGUCCCAAAGGCAGCCCUGCAGGCCACAGGAGCCCUACACGGUGGCUGUGAGGUCGGUGACCCUCAGGGCGGUGCCCCCGAGCCCGGAGUUCUGCAGGAGUGAAAUCCUCUGCGCUGGGUUCCAGAUCCACAGCAACAGCAGCAGCUCCUGCACUGUGUGUUACUUCAAUCAAGUGACAUCAGGAGUUAUGCCUUACUUAGCUGCAAAUCUCACUGGCUCAUCAAAAUCCAUUGAAGACACUGCUUUGGAGUGUAUAAAGUUCUUGGAGCAGGCAGACAGCAAGUGCUGAAGUUAAAAGCAGAUUUCUGAAGGGACAUCUGAAGAUUAUCAAGAAGUUCUGGCUGAAAUUUCUGCAAGGGUGUGGAUCAUUCUUCUGUAGGUGACUUGCUUCAGAUCAUGUAGUCAGUGUUGGGCUUCAGCUUGAAAAUACCCGGUACAAGCAUUUCCUAUCAAACCAAGCUUAGGCCUUAGGCUCUAAAUUCAAUCUUUAAAUUAAAAAGAUUAAGGAACAGAUUCUGCUCUUGAUUGCAUUGCUGAAUUUUAUAUAAAUGGAGGCAGACCUUGGCUCAGUAGAGCUGCAGCUCAUAAGACUAUUUCACUAUUUUAAUGUUACAUUAAACAGAGCGGCAUCCAGGCAGUUUUAAAAUGCCAUCCCUUGUAAUCUGCAGAAACCAGUGCUACCAAGUAGCUUUGCCAGUGCCCUGACCUGGCCGUGCAGGUCCUGGCACACCAUUAUUUAUAAACUGAUUACAGCCCAUGUAAAUUAGUGUUUGCUAAUGUCUGUAUUUUAGUACUUGUCCAUUUCUCUGUGACUCCCAAUAAAUUAUUGUUUCUGAGGUUACAGACUCACCACAGAUCUGGGGGUGCAGAAGGCUGCCCUGCAGUGCUGGUGGGUUCUGCAGGAGA